AUGCCGAAAAUUAAAUCCAAUCCGGUAGAACGAAUGUUUUUUAAAUAUGAUAUUCACAGCAACGAAAGUACAUGCCAAAUUUUGAAUUGUGCAAAUCCUGUUCGCACCGGAAAUCAUUCUGGAAAUUUAGAGAGCCAUAUAAAAAAUUUUCAUAAAGAACAGUAUAUUUUGCUAACUAAUGAAAAAAACAAAAAACAUCAGAAUGAUGAUGGACGUUAUUCAACAGCUAAGAAACUAAAAACUGAUCAAACUGGACCUCUUGACAAUAUGAUUCUCAGAACUAAAAAAAAUCUAAGUCAAGUAAAUUUGAACAAGAAUAAAGUGAUAGAGUCCUGUGUCCAAUUAGUUACCACAAAUGGUAGACCAUUCCAAUUGUUAGAUGAUUCUGGUUUCAGAAUGAUUAUGAAUCCUAUAUUUGAAGCUAUCGGUGACGGUUUCAAAAUAAACUCUCAAAACAUAAAAAAAUAUAUAAAUGAAUAUGCCAAAACCAUUAUUGAUAAUAUAACUCAAGAUGUAGACAAAAAAUUGAUUUCACUUAAAGUUGACUGUGUCACAAGGCUGAAUAGAUCUAUUAUUGGUGUUAAUAUUCAGUAUUUCAAAGAUUCGCAAUUGCAAAUAAAAACCAUUGGAAUGACUGAACUAUCUGAAAGACACACAUCUGAACAUUUGAAAGAAGUGUUGAUACAAAUUUUAAAAAAAUUUAACAUUAAUAAUCGUCAAGUGUUCUCGAUUACGUGUGACAAUGGAGCAAAUAUCGUUAAAAUGGUUCGAAUAUUCAACGAAAAUGAAGAAACUACUGAUGAUGAAUCUGAGAGUGAGGAAAUAGAAAAUAUUAACCCAAAUGACGAUGAUGCACUUUUAUCGGACCAUCAAGUCAAUGAUAUGAUUAAUGAACCGGAAGUAAAUUUAGAUGCUGACAAUUUAGAACAUGAGAUAACUACAGUUCUUAAUCCCUAUUAUGAACCGUUACCUCUUACUCAAUGUAUUAGAUGCUCAGCACAUACAUUGCAAUUAUGUAUAGAGAAUGGGCUUCAACAACCAGCGAACUUGAACAUCAUAACAAAAGCACGAAAGGUUGUGAAAACACUUAGAACCCAGUCGUAUGUUGCAUUAUUAAAAAAAGAUGGUUUAAAACAGGCUAUACUUGAUAAUAUUACAAGAUGGAGUUCAAAGUAUGUAAUGUUACUUAGAUUACUUGAACUCAAAACUUUUUGUGAAGAUCAUCAACAGAUAAACCAUGAUUUGAAGUUAAACUUAAAUGAAUGGAAACGAAUUGAAUGUUUGAUAAAAUCUCUUGAACCAGUUUAUUUCGCUACGAAAUUGCUUCAAAAGAAAGAUUUAACUAUAGGAGAUUUUUAUGGGAUUUGGAUCCAGACCAAAAAUAAAUUAAAUCAAAUUAGUUCUACAGUAUCAUUAUCUAUUUUAAAUUAUAUGAAAACUCGUGAAGUACAGUUGUUGGAAAAUGAUAUAUUUAUUUCAGCUGUGUAUAUGGAUCCACGGUUUAUGUGCUUAUUAACUGUUCCAAAACAAGAAACAGCUGUCAACUACCUUUUGAAAAUAUGGGAUUUAAAAGAGUCAUUAACAUGUAUUGAGAAUUUAGGAAUAGAUUCAACUGAACAACCAGAUAAUCAUAUCACUGAUGAAAGUGAAACAAAUGUUGAAGAUGACGCUGAUGAUGGUGAUGAUUUUGAGAAAUUCCUACAAAACAAUUCCAAUAUAAUUACAAUACGUAAUCAAAAUGCCUGUUUGCCAAGUUCUUCUCAAGACUCUAAUAAUACUACAUUAAAAAGAAAAUUGGAAGAGUUUUCUAAAUCCGAUAGAUUAAAUUAUAAGGAAGAUGUUGUGAAGUUUUGGACUGAAAAAAAAAAUGAGAUGCCAGAAUUAUUUGAAUUAGCCCAAAUACUCUUAGCAGUACCAGCCACACAAGUGAGUGUAGAACGAAGCUUCUCAGGACUAAAAUUUAUAUUAUCUGAUCAGAGAAGUUCAAUUGGGAAAGAUAUACUUGAAAACAUAUUAAUAAUACGAGGAAAUAGUCAUUGA